UUUUUUAAAAUAUAUUCAUUUUGCCUUCCGGCAACGUCAUUUACCCUUCUGUAGCGGUUUAAAUGCGAAAAACUACGUUCAAAAUUUUAUUUCUGGUGAUAUUUUGAUAUUAUUCCGUCCACACGUGCAAUGAAGUAUUCUUCGUUAGUCAUUGUUUUAUUAGUGCUGGGAUUCCGGGAGACCAAAGCCGCAGCUGACCUCAAAGUCGUCAGUGAUGAUGAUCUCGUCAAGUUGUUUCAUAGCCAUUCGAAUUUGAUCGUAUUGUUUUCGAAACAGAACUGCCAUGACUGUGAUAAACUGGAGGACGUCCUGAAAAAUCUUAAGCAGGAAGUGAAAGACAAUCUAGAAGCAGAAAUUGUUAAGGCCAGUGGUAGCCAGUUGGUGCGGCUGUAUAGUCCCACAAAGGAGCCAGCGAUAGUAUUCUUCCGACAUGGUGUACCCCUGCUUUACGAUGGGCCGGCAAACGAAGAUUCUCUCAUUGGAAAAUUAGUACAGAAUAAAGACCCGAACGUUAAGGAGCUGUCGGACGAAAACUUCGAACACCUCACUCAAGCUUCUAGCGGAGCAACGACAGGUGAUUGGUUCAUUAUGUUCUACACAUCGAAUUGCGUUGAUUGCCAACGACUGACGGCCGUUUGGGAAGCAGUUGCCGCUGACCUUAAGACACGAAUGAAUGUUGCUCUGAUGGAGAAAGAUGGAAAGGGAAGCGCAACGGCAGAGCGAUUUAGUGUAAAAGAUGUGCCGUCGUUCAUAUUUUUGCGCCAAGGUAAAUUCUAUCGGUACGAGAUUGGCAAAUAUGACAUUAAAUCAUUCGUAAAAUUCGCACAAGACUGGUACAAAAACACAACACCGGAAAAAGUUCCAGUUCCACCAUCGCCUUUCGAUGCAUUCCUAGGAGUAACCGUACAUUACCUCAAAAACAUUCCUGUAUUAGUCGUUACACUUCACAAUGAGUACCCAACGUUGUUCUACUGCACGCUUGGCAUUUUUGGGUUCGUCGUGUUGGGGUUCACAGCAGCGAUCGUUCUUGCAAUCAUUACACGCUGCAAAGCUGCUGUCAAAAGUAAGAAAACAAAGUCGAAGAAAGCAAAAUGAGUAAUUUCUCUUGGUUCAGCGAAGGACGUAAUAGUAGUCGAAAACGUGCGUUGUCAAUUCAAAAAACUACUAAAAAACAAACUCAUACGAAAUAUCGAGUAUAGAUGCUCAGUGCAAGAACGACCCAACUCCAAAAAGCUUACUAUGAGAUAUAAGAGAAAACGAUAGGAAAGAGUCCUUUGUAUUAAAGUUAGCUUGCAUCGUUUUAGUAUUAAUAAACAUUUAACUACUAAUUAACAAUAAACUCAAUUUGAAGUUUUUGGGUUAUGCCGUCCUAGCACUGAGACCUCAUUUAAGAAGAUCGUAUUUGUACAAGUAAAGCGAAAUACACUAUAUUGCCACAGCAAAAA